AUGGGGCUGAAGACGAGCAGGAGUGGGACGGGGGAGAGCGGGAGGGAGACAGAGUUGAGGAAGAGCGGGAGUGGGACAGGGCCGAGGAUGGGAGAGGCGAGAGCAGGACGGGCUGACCGGGAGUCAGACUGGGCCGAGCAGUAUUCGGAUGGGGCUGAAGACGAGCGGGAGUGGGACACGGCAAGCGGGAGUGGGACGGGGGCCAAGCGGGAGUGGGACGGGGGCCAAGCGGGAGUGGGACGGGGGCCAAGCGGGAGUGGGACGGGGGCCAAGCGGGAGUGGGACAGGGCCGAGGUCGAGCGGGAGUGGGACAGGGCCGAGGGCGAGCGGGAGUGGGACAGGGCCGAGGGCGAGCGGGAGUGGGACAGGGCCGAGGGCGAGCGGGAGUGGGACAGGGCCGAGGGCGAGCGGGAGUGGGACAGGGCCGAGGGCGAGCGGGAGUGGGACAGGGCCGAGGGCGAGCGGGAGUGGGACAGGGCCGAGGGAGCGGGAGUGGGACAGGGCCGAGGGCGAGCGGGAGUGGGACAGGGCCGAGGGCGAGCGGGAGUGGGACAGGGCCGAGGGCGAGCGGGAGUGGGACAGGGCCGAGGGCGAGCGGGAGUGGGACAGGGCCGAGGGCGAGCGGGAGUGGGACAGGGCCGAGGGCGAGCGGGAGUGGGACAGGGCCUAGGGCGAGCGGGAGUGGGACACGGCAAGCCUCGGAAGAUGGAAAAGGCAGGACAGUGCCAAGCAAAAGCGGGGGAACUGUGGACUGUGCAGAGCAAGAGUCAGGGGACCGGCAGGACAGAGCCGAGCAAGAGCCAGGGAAAUGGCAGGACAGAGCACAGUAGGAGAGGAAAGAAAGGACGGGACAGAGCCAAGUAA